AUGAAACUACUACAAAGCAAUCAACUUUCUGAGGCCAUAAAGGUAGCUGAAGCUUGGGAAGGAUUUGUCAAGACAAAAUAUGGCAGCAAAAAUGAAAACAAAGAGACAUCUGCUUUCCGUGAUUACGAGGUUGCCGAUCAAGAGCAGCCUCUGGUGGCAGCAUUUUACAAGGAAAACCAUGCCAAGCAAUCAUUAGCUCAUGUGUUGGAAAAAAAGAAGCUUUAUGGUGAUUUGAAUCAUGGCGAAAUGGGUAUUUGGGAAGCACUUGAACUGAUGAACACUUUGGUGGAUGAAUCGGAUCCAGAUACACAAUUGUCUCAAAUCGCACAUGCUCUUCAAUCAGCAGAAGCCGCUAGGAGAGAUAAUCAACCAAGAUGGAUGAUUUUAACAGCUCUUAUUCAUGAUUUGGGCAAGUAUCUGUUUUUUUUGGGUGAGCCGCAAUGGACGGUGGUGGGUGAUACAUUUCCCGUUGGAUGUGGAUUCUCUGACAAGAUUGUAUAUGCACACUACCUCAAGGAGAAUCCAGACUACCAUCAUCCAGUGUAUUCGACUCGGUAUGGCAUCUACAGUCCUCAUUGUGGGUUGGAGAAUGUGCAUCUUAGUUAUGGCCAUGAUGAAUACUUUUACCAUGUUGUCAAGGAUUAUUUACCUCUGGAGGCUGCUUAUAUUAUUCGCCACCAUUCAUUCUACUCUUGCCAUACCGAAGGCCAAUAUUCUUGGUUGCUGAAUAAGCACGAUGUGGAGAUGAUGAAAUGGGUAAAGGUCUUCAAUCAAUAUGAUCUCUAUUCAAAAGCAGACAGUGAACCCGAUGUCAACCAGCUGAAGCCUUUUUACACGGAAUUGAUUAAAGAGUUCUUUCCCUACAAGAUCAAGUGGUAG